AUGUAUGUUAAAUUUGAUUUCAUGUACAAGUCAAAUUCAGAGGUUCUGGAACUGGCUUGUGCUGCUCGAGAAUCGCUUGCUUUCCGUGGGCUUGUUCAGUCACUCUCUGUUGUGCUGUCUUCGCCCAUGAACCUUACCCGACACAAGGUAUCGUCCUUCCUCAUAGUUCAUCAGUCGCGGGAACUGCUGCCCAAGGUCGAACGCGUUGCCCUAAAAGCAUUCAAGGCCGACCAGGCCAUCGUCAUCGUACCAGCCGACAAGGGGUGUUCCACCGUCGUAUUGAACAGAAUCGACUAA